UGGAACAGUUUUUCACAGGAACUGAAUAUUUACACAAACCAGUGUCACUGUGAACAUGUCAUGUAGAGCUGAAUGAGGUUAUAGAGAAAGAAAGGGGAAGGAAAUUAUGGUGCUGCACUUUUUCUUUCAGAGCGGAAGAGAAAGACUGUAAUGGUUCUCACACAGAAUUUGGACUCAUAUUUAAGUAAAAUGUUCAGAAUGUGUGUCGUUCUGCUCUUCUUUUCCAGCAUCUGUACAGUUGUUGUUGGUGCUCCAGUUACAGUCACAGGACACACAGGAGAGAGUCUUAACAUCAGAUGCACAUAUAAAUCUGGAUAUGAAUCAAAUCCAAAGUAUUUGUGUAAAGGUGCGUGUAUCUAUGGAAACAGAAUCAUCAUGGUUAAAUCAGGAUCUCCAGCUGAAGACCAGAGAUUCUCUCUGAGUGACAACACGACGGCCAGAGUUUUCACCGUCACCAUCACUGACCUGAGAACAGAGGAUACAGGACAGUACUGGUGUGGAGUGAAGAGGACUGGAACUGAUGUCUAUUCAGAGAUUGUGUUGCUGGUUAAACAGGUUAAUAAGACCACUGAGGAUUCAACUAUCAGUCCUUCUUCAGCAAAACCAUCAUUUUUUCAGCACAACAGAAACAAAUCCACAAUCCAGCAGCAUUACAAUCACAGAUCAGAACAAAUCAACAGAUGCAGUGUCUGAAAUCUACAUCUGUGUUGAAGACUGAAGCUUCAGUUCCCAGAUAUUUGCUUCUUUGUUAUAAUGUGCUUUAAGUUGCUUUGGAUAAGAAAGUGUCUUCAACAGAAAAUAUGAAUU